AUGCUGUCCAUAGUCCCAUUUGCACAAAAUGUCUUCAACCAAAAAUUGACAACCUUCAAAGAUGUCAACUCAAUGCUAAGCUCUAUCAUCAUGCAUAGCUUCUCAGACAAACUGCACACUGAAUACUUCAUGGAACAUGGUGACCAGCCUGUACUGAUUGCUGUUGACCUGUUCAACUGGGCAGUAACUAAGUGCACCUUGCACUCUACUGCCAAAGAGUAUGAACUCCUUGCUGCAGCCUAUGCCUUACAAUGGAACCAAGUUCGUAGUCAUGCAUACAACUUCCUUGUCAAAUGGGAAGCUCAUAUUUCAGAACUGCAUGCAUACCUGCAAGUCCCCUGGAUGCCUGAUCACUGCUACUGGACUCUCAAGCAUGCUCUGCCAUCUGACAGAAAUGCCUUAUCUAAUUCGGUGUUGAUCUUACAUGAACAACUUCAUGGCAGAGAACAGACAGCCAAGAGUGUUGCCAACAUCCUAUGUCAAUAUUACAAGCUGGUGGCUGACAGUAUCCCAGUGAAUCAACACCACAUGAUGGAGGAGUCAGAGCUCAAUGCCCUGCAAGCUGCCACCUUCAUUAACUGCUGGGCAUGCGGCAAGCUCGGGCAUGCAGCCAAUCGCUGCCUGAAUGAAGUUGCUCAUGCUCAAUGGAGAGAAGAAAAAGUCAAGGUGCCACCAAAGAACCGAGCUAAUACAUUGUCAGAGGUUGCGCACCCAAAACCUGAUAUCUGUAAUAGAAUCGUGUCUAUUACGAAUCCUGUCAAGAUAUGUGGUAAUGUCUUGUGUAUUACAAUUUCUAUCAAGGUGAUCCCUGGACUGUGUCAUGGGCCUGGAUGCUCAAGAAGCAGGAGGGUCACUGGUUCAUAUGGAAGGAGCACAGGUAUCGAAGAUCUAGUCGAUACCAGUAGAGAGCAUGGUCGUAGUGCAGUCUCCAUGGAGACCAUGGACUUCUACGGACUCACAUGCAAAGGAGGACCGAGCCAUAUGCGAGGAGGGCCAAGCACAGCCAUGAGGAGGACCAAGCUCAAGGAGCAGGCACAGCCACGAAGAGGACCAAGCUCAAGGAGCAUGCAGAUGGUUACCACUCAGGGGCUCGAGAGACCAGAGCCAAAGGAACUGUCACUGAUCAAAGGAGAAGGAGCAGUGUCGAAGGAGUCGACACCAGGUCAUAAGGAGGAGGAGCAGUGUCGAAGGAGUCAACACCAGGUCAUGAGGAGGAGGAGCAGUGUCGAAGGAGUCGACACAGCUCAAGAGGCACAGGGGUGCCAAGCAGGAGAGGCCCCUGAGCAGUACUCAAUGAAGAAGGUACUCUCUGGAGAGAGAGCAGGAGCAGCAUCACUGGCGAUGCUGUGA